AUGCAGUCGGAUAAAACGGACGCAGACGGUGGAGGCAACGGAAGCAACGGAAGCGGAAGUCGAGUUCUCCUUUUUCCGGUCCAAGAUGGUACGGCGAGUGAACGAGUGUUCCGUUGGUACUCCCAGUCCUUUCGUCGACCCGGGGACGAACUUCUCAUCCUUGCCGUGGUAGAGCCUACAUUGCGGCUGCGCGAGUUGCAGAAGGGAGGAGUCAGUUCAAAUGACCCUCUGGUAGAGGCAGCGAUGAUGGGCGGCCGGAGCGUUGUGCGUCGGUUUCUGCAAUGGGCGCACGGGCUCAGUCUGCCCUGCCGCGGCCUUGUGCAGUUGGACAUCAGUCCGGGCCUCAGAAUCGUGCGGACUGCACGUGAACGGGGCGUCCACGCCAUUCUCAUGGGUCCCCGUGUACGAGCUGCAGGCGACUUCGAGGGGCAGGAGUUUGACAGUGUGACUGAGUAUGUGUUGCGCAAUUGCCCAAACAUCACUCUGACAGUCGUUCCUCCAUCUACAGACGAUAGGAGAAUGCGUCGAGACAGUUUUUAUAAACAAUUUAUUGAGAACUUCUUUUAA